UUUGGACACCCCAAAACACAGGGCCGGGCGUGUGGUGCAGCCAACUAGGGUUUAUGCUUCUUUUCUAAAACCCUUCUGAAAGAAAAAACCUAACGUUUACCAGCUCUUCAAUUUCCCCAGCGCAAAAAUAAGCUUCUUUCAGUUGUGGAAGAAUGGGGAUCUUUGAACCAUUUAGAGCAAUUGGAUACAUUACAACCAAUGUUCCUUUCUCUGUACAGAGGCUCGGUACUGAGACCUUCGUCACUGUCAGUGUUGGCAAAGCUUUCCAAGUUUACAACUGUGCUAAACUCAGUUUGGUUCUUGUUGGUCCGCAAUUUCCAAAGAAGAUUCGAGCUCUCGCUUCUUAUCGUGAAUAUACUUUUGCUGCCUAUGGGAGUGACAUUGCAGUUGUUAAGCGUGCUCAUCAGGUGGCUACUUGGAGUGGACAUAGUGCUAAGGUGAACCAGUUGCUUCUUUUUGGUGAAAAUGUCCUAAGUGUUGACGUUAAAGGCAAUAUCUUCAUAUGGCAAUUUAAAGGUAUAGAUCAAAAUCCUGCUCCGAUCGGACACAUAAAGCUAGAGAACAAAUUCUCUCCUAGCUGCAUAAUGCACCCGGAUACCUACUUAAAUAAGGUUAUUUUGGGAAGUCAAGAAGGUGCGUUGCAACUCUGGAAUAUAAGCACAAAGAAGAAAAUUUAUGAGUUCAAGGGAUGGGGAUCUUCUAUUACAUGUUGCAUUUCAUCUCCAGCACUAGAUGUUAUUGCUGUUGGAUGCGCGGAUGGGAAGAUUCAUGUUCAUAACAUUCGCUAUGAUGAAGAGGUAGCUACAUUUAGUCACUCUACGAGAGGCGCUGUUAAUGCCUUGUCAUUCAGCACUGAUGGCCAGCCCCUUCUAGCUUCUGGAGGUUCAUCUGGUGUUAUAAGCAUAUGGAAUCUUGAGAAGAAAAGGUUGCAGUCUGUCAUCAAGGAAGCCCAUGACUCCUCCAUAGUGUCACUUCAGUUCUUUGCUAAUGAGCCAGUCCUCAUGAGUUCAUCUGCAGACAAUUCAAUGAAAAUGUGGGUCUUCGAUACAAGUGAUGGGGACCCUCGUUUACUACGGUUUAGAAGUGGUCAUAGUGCUCCUCCUCUAUGUAUCAAGUUCUAUGCAAAUGGGCGUCACAUUUUAUCUGCUGGUCAAGAUCGAGCAUUUCGUCUUUUUUCUGUUGUUCAAGAUCAACAAAGUAGAGAACUUUCCCAGCGACAUGUUUCUAAAAGAGCGAAGAAGCUUAAGUUGAAAGAGGAGGAGAUAAAAUUGAAGCCUGUUAUUGCAUUCGAUGUUGCUGAAAUUAGGGAACGUGAUUGGUGCAAUGUGGUUACAUGUCACAUGGACACCCCGCGUGCUUAUGUAUGGAGGCUUCAAAAUUUUGUUCUUGGCGAGCAUAUCUUAACUCCAUGCCCUGAAAAUCCAACUCCAGUCAAGGCUUGCGCUAUUAGUGCCUGUGGCAAUUUUGCUGUACUUGGGACUGCUGGUGGUUGGAUUGAGCGAUUUAAUCUUCAGUCAGGAAUUAGCCGUGGAAAUUAUGUUGACUUGUUGGAUGGUGAAAGUGCUGCUCACAAUGGGGAAGUAAUUGGCAUAGCUUGUGAUGCAACAAAUACCAUCAUGAUUAGUGCUGGAUACCAUGGCGAUGUAAAAGUUUGGGACUUCAAAGGACGCGAGUUAAAAUAUAAAUGGGAGGUUGGGUGUUCCUUAGUUAAGAUUGUGUUCCACCGUUCUAAUGGUCUUUUGGCCACUGCGGGAGAUGACUUAGUUAUCCGUCUAUUUGAUGUUAUUGCACAGAGGUUGGUUCGUAAAUUUGAGGGUCAUACUGACCGUAUUACUGAUACAUGCUUUAGCGAGGAUGGGAAAUGGCUUUUGACAUCCAGUAUGGAUGGGACGCUCAGAAUUUGGGAUGUAAUUUUAGGUAGACAGAUAGAUGCAAUACAAGUUGAUCUGUCUAUCACUGGAUUAUCUUUAUCGCCUAAUAUGGAUAUCUUGGCCACAUCUCAUGUUGAUCAAAAUGGCGUCUAUCUGUGGGUCAAUCAAGCUAUGUUUUCUGGAGCUGCCAGCUUUUCAUCAUAUGGAAGUGGAAAGGAAAUAGUCAACGUGAAGAUGCCGUCCAUUUCUUCUGCAAAAGACGGUGAAAACAGUGAUAACAGAACUAUCCUUAAACCAUUUGAGUCCUCUGAUACUUCUCAGUUUCUAAAUUCAAGUCAUCAAAUUCCGGAUCUAGUCACUCUUUCACUAUUGCCUAAGAGUCAAUGGCAGAGCUUGAUCAACCUGGACAUAAUAAAAGCCCGCAACAAACCUAUCGAGCCUCCAAAGAAACCUGAAAAGGCACCUUUUUUCUUGCCUUCAAUUCCAUCUCUGUCCGGUGAGAUAUUAUUUAAACCGAGCGAAGGUGGUAAUGAGGAGAAUAAUACACAAAAUACAGGAUUGGAAGAAGGCAGUAAGAAAACUGAUCUUCCAGCAUCCAAAUUCUUGCAAAUUCUUCAGUCAAGCACUGAGAAAGAGAAUUUUGCAACAUUCACUGAUUAUAUCAAAAGCUUGUCGCCUUCAAUAUUGGAUAUGGAGCUCCGAAUGCUUCAGAUAAUAGAUGAUGAUGACGAGCAGGAGCCGGAGAAGAGACCAGAAUUGCAUUUCAUUGAACUGCUACUUGAUUACUUUAUACAUGAGAUUUCACGCAGAAGCAAUUUUGAGUAUAUACAGGCACUGAUUAGAUUGUUUCUGAAGAUACAUGGUGAAACAAUUCGACGUCAGUCAAAACUGCAGGAUAAGGCAAGAAAGCUUUUAGAAGUUCAAUCUGCAGUUUGGCAAAAAGUAGAUAAAUUGUUCCAAAGUUCCAGAUGCAUGGUCUCGUUUCUUAGCAACUCUCAGUUUUGAUUGAUGUCAACACGAUAUUCCUUGGAUGUCGUAAUGUAAUUGCAAUUUUGUUCUUUAUUUUUUGAUAGGUAUUAAAACAAUUACACUAAGCCAGUGUCACAGGCGUAAUUGCAAUUUUAAUCUAUUUUUCCCGAGUCCAGUUUGCUACUUUUGGAAUGCUGUCCUGACACUGUUUUUGAUAUGUGAUUUGAUCAUUCAUGAGUUCAGUUUUGA